UCCCUCAACACGUGCUCCCUCCCUCCAUGCUCACCUGACUUCCGCUCCUCCCCAAACUACGACCAGCGAGGCGCGGGCGACGACAUCUGCAGCCACAACCCUUUGCUUUCGGAUCCUUGGGAGUUUCGGCUUUUACUGUCGUUUGAGAUUACCCAGACUUCUGUCGUGGAUUUAAUCAUCUUCGUUUUUUCAUUUUUUCUCGGUUGCGGUGGUUGAUCGUUGCCAGAUUUUUGGCCGCCGACAAAGCCCAAGCUCAGACACCAACCAAGAGCCAAUCCGCGCCCCGUGGUUUGCCAACCGCGCUCUCACACGCUCAAGCACAUGACCGAACAAUUAGUGCACAUCUGACCCGUGACUGAAGCCACAUCACGCGCAUCUCAGCCAAUCCGGCAAUCGCCGUGGCCCCCUGGGAGCAAUCCGGCGGUACAGCCUCCCACUCGUCAUCUGUCAUCGCCAAAAUCACUUCGCUAUGGCCGAGGUCGCAGCGUUGGAACAGCCUGGCCUGAAGGGCGAGCCAACAGCCCCGGCAUCGCCAACACAGAAACGCAAGCGCGGCACCGAAUCGGCCUCUCCAGAAUCGCGUCGCUCCAAGCGAGGACUAGCUACCGCAAACAUGCAGGUGGCCAACGGCGAUCCAACCGACCAGCAGGUUUUCCUGGAUGCCACCAUGACGGGUGAGCACCCGGCGCCGCCUGAUAACCUCACAGACGCCGACUUUUCUGCCUUGCAGCAAGCUACGGUUGACCACAACGACGUGUCGGACCCCGCCAAUGCCUCUAGCACCGCAGCGGCCGCCCUUGGGUCCAUGUACCCGACCCUGCAUGUCCCCCAGACUACCGAGGAGACAUUUGCGGCCCAAGCAGGCGUGGAGCCGGAGCAUUCAGAGUCGGCGUUCGGGGUUUCGGCAGACGGCCUACCAAUGGAUGCGUCGACACUCGAGACUAUCCAGCAGCCAUCCCCGCCCAACGGGAUCCGCCAGGACCUUCCUAGGUAUCCCCAAGCCCAGAAGCCAGCGGUUGGCUCGGAGGAGUGGCACAAGUUGCGCAAAGACAAUCACAAAGAAGUCGAGCGGCGCAGGCGAGAAACCAUUAACGAGGGAAUCAACGAGUUAGCCAAAAUAGUACCCGGGUGUGAGAAGAACAAGGGCUCCAUCCUACAGCGCUCUGUUGCCUUCAUCACACAGCUCAAGGAGAACGAGACGCAGAACAUUGAGAAGUGGACUCUGGAGAAGCUGCUCACGGAGCAGGCCAUCGCAGAGCUGAGCCAAUCAAACGACAAACUCAAGACGGAGUGCGAGAGGCUCUACAGAGAACUGGAGAGCUGGAAGCGAGUGGCUAUGGCCGCCGGGCUUUCUCCUGAAGCCAAGGAUGGGGGUGUGACCAGCUAGGAGUGGUGAUCAGCUAGACAUCCUGCCGUCAAGGAGACCGGUACACUUUUGCCCACUUGACCAGUCCGCUUUGCUCUCAUUUGCAUCUCAUCGAACUCGACACUUUUAUUUUUUGCUCUUUUAUUACCUCCCUCGCGCAUUGAUUACCCGCGGGGGACGUUGUAUGGCCAUGGGUUGACACUUGAGAUUUCUUUUUGGGUCUUUUUCUUUACCGGCCCCCUUCUCAUCAAUAUGGAGUCCGCAAACUUGGCGACAGACUUUGUGAGCGCUGCUAUACCAGGUUUUGGGCAUUUGGUUGUUACUGGAGUCGCCACCAAUGUAAUUUCUAUAGGGGGUCCAGGCCGGGGCAACGAGGUGCGUGGGUUUGGUACGCUGUUGCUAUCAUCUGUUUUGGGUUGGUAGGUUGAUAGGUUGGGUGGGAUUAUUCCGUAUUCAUUACCUUUAUCCAUUUUCUAUGCUGGUACGUCUGACGAAGCACCGAC